UCUGCCGUUUGCCUUUUUCAGUCUCCUUCACAAAACCAGGGAUUUCAGUGCCUAUACAUCUCAAACAAAGCUCGUGUACCUGUAGGCCAACUUCGUUCCCGAAUACGUACACUUGAAAUCAAUAAUGCUAUUAUUCUUGAAACUCACUACCCAGACCAAAACAUUGACGCCCUCCUCGCCCAAUGA